AUGAGCAUGAUAAAUUCAACACAUUGUCGUUGUUGUCAUCUUGUUGGUAGUUUACCAUUAGAAAGUGAAUCAGUAGCCUUAAAAACAUGCAUUGAAAAAUUUGGAAUUCUUCUCAAGACAAUUCCUGAUGGUGAAAUUGGUGAGAAGAGUGAACGUUUCACUGGUGGUGAUCGUCAGAGUUGGGUUCAAAUUAUUAUAAAGAGAAUUUUGGAUCAUUUUACAGAUAAAUGGUAUUCUCUUCCAAUGAAGGAAACUCCAGUUUUGAAUGAAAAGGGUUUUCCUGUGGAUUUUAAGUAUUUACCUGAAUUUAGACCUAAAAGUUGGUCAACUGGAUUUAUUCUAGAUAUGCCUCUAACUUAUUUGGAAUAUUUUGAAAAGAGUUUUCCUACUUUUAAAAAGUUGGCAAGUGAAAAUAAUUUGAAAUCAAAUGUGAAAUUUCAAGUUGGAAUUCCGACUGGUCUUGCCAUUUCUUUAUCACUAACAAAGAGUUUAUUUUGGUCUUGGUGGACUUACAAAUCAUUCAAUGAUAGAAUUGCUUAUGAAGUUAAUGAAAUGAAAAAGAUUUCCAUUAAAGAAAGUGGUACAGUUGACUUUGUAGUUCAAAUUGAACUUCCUAUUGAAUUUACAAUGUAUUAUCAAUUUCCAUUAUUCAGAAUGUGGGCUAUGGAAUCAAUUUCACAUUUAGUUUCUAAAAUUGAUAAGGAUAUUCCAAUAGGUUUUCACAUUUGUUUGGGAGAUAUUAAUAAUAAGGCUUCUAUUAAUCUUUCAAAGGAUGAGAACGUUCAGUCAAUUGUCAAUUUCUCAAAUAAUUUAGUUUACAUAUUCCCAUAUGAUAGAAGUAUUGAAUUUAUUCAUUUACCACUUGCUGAGGGUGAUAUUGAACCAAGUGUUGAUAGAAAGUUUUAUGAACCACUUGGAGAUCUUAAUAAUCAAAUUCAAUAUCAUGCUGGAUUUAUUCAUGAAAAAUCCUCAAAGGAAAAUCAAAGUCUCAUUUUGAAACACAUUUCUGAUAUUUGUAAGAGCUUCAAAUAUCCAAUUGGUGUUGCGACUAGUUGUGGACUUGGAAGGAGAAGCGAAGAAGUUUGUUGCUCAAUUUUGGAAGAUAUGAAAAGAUUGUGUUUAGAAUAA